CUUAAACACACCGGCACAGACACAGAGCUCUCAGCUGCGUCAUAUGCUCAUUUUUAGCGGGUUUUACAGCUAUUUUAGCGCAAAUUUACACUCAUAAAGUUUAAAUGAACUCGUAACAGUGUGUUUAAACCUUACUUUCUAUCUCUGUGGGCCUCUGUUAGCGUUAAUUGUAACUCUUCCUUAGCCGAAAAUCAUUUAAUUUGCGCGUGGCUCGUUAAUUAACGGGACAGCAUCCUCGCGCGCAUUUGGAAGAGUUCCCAGACCCGCAGAGACCGGCUCCGGUGCUCCAGCCGUUAUUCCUGGAGAUUUACAGCCGUGAUCGGGCCGUGACACGGGGUCGUUAAUCAUCAGAGCCCCGCUGCCCCCGGUGGUAACGGAGAGAGUUGCAGGACUCUUUCUCUCACCUCGUACAGUAAACACAGACAGACCCGGGAUACCCCCACUGUCACGGCCGGUCCUGGUGCCGCCCCGCCCCCUUGGGAUACUCGGAUCUGCAACCCCAGGACGGUUUAUCCCUCCUAGACUGGCACCGAGCAGCGCUGCCUCACCUGCUGUCAAUGGCGUCCUUCAUCUCCACCCCCCUCCUCCUCUUCAUCGGGAUGCUCUGGGUUAUGCCAGCCAUCAGUCAGUCCAGUGAGCCGGCAGAACCUCCAUGUCUGGACUGGGGGGAGUCUAGCCAGGCAGCGGUCUCACUCGUGCAGGGGGACUCCGGUUGGCUUUCCUGUCCUCUUUUCUCCCAUCCCACCGUCUACAACUACUCCUCCACCCAGAGUACCGGACACAACCUGUUCUGGUACCGCAUCCCUGAGGGGCAUGACCUGGAGGAUCCCAUCACAUACAGCACCAGGCUCAGCAAAGACCGAGACAGACUGUGGCUGCAGCCAGUCACUGCUAAUGACACGGGGCUCUACAUCUGUAUGCUACGGAACAAGUCAUCCUGCAGUAAGAUCGCCAUGCGCCUCACUGUCAUACAGCGUGAUGAAGUUGUCCAUAACGCCUGCCAGCUUCCCGUUGUAGGACCAGCAAGUCAAGUGGUCAUUUUUAUAAACAUGGGGAAGACCCUGCAAUGUCCCAGCCUGCAGGACGCUACCAAGAUGGCCGACAGUGAGCCAACAGUGAGCUGGUACCACGAGACGCCAGAUACCUCGCGUUGUGAGAAAUUCCCCUUCUGGAACACGCACCGUCAGCAGAAGGGAGCCGAUCUGCGAUUUAACCUCAUGCUCAAAACAUACAGGGGCUUAUACUACUGCACAGUUCACUACAAGAGGAGAGGCAAGAGCCUGAACUACAGCCGGAGCAUCAACGUCACUGCAGUCUAUAUAUUCAACGGGUCCCAAGUUCCCACAAUCCUCCAGCCGUCAAAGGAGCAGAUCUUCACUGUCAAACAAGACACCAAGGUGCAAUUGGCCUGCAGAGGUCUGUUCCCUUACCACGAGUCACCCUGGGACAUUUGGUGGACGGUCGAUGGGAAGAAGCUGGAUGAACUCCCUGAUCAUCAGAGAUUCUCUAAAAUCAACAGCCAGGUGAAUUACGACUACGGGGAGCAGACAGAGGAGAGCAUCCUGGUGAUCAAAAAUUUCCAGGCUGAAGACCUGAACAGAGAGUUUAACUGCUCGGUGAAGAAUGGGAAAGGCUUCAGCACCCGCAGAGCCCAGCUGGAGGAGGAAGUGUCACUGCCAUCGGUGGAGCUGGGCUGCGGUCUCGGCAUCACUCUGGUCUUGAUGCUGCUUCUCUUCGUGGUUUAUCACGUCUUCUGGCUCGAACUGCUGCUGCUCUAUCGGUCCUGGUUCGGCACCGACGAGCGACACACAGAUGAUAAGGAGUAUGACGUGUACAUCUCGUACGCCAGAAACAGUGAAGAGGAACAGUUUGUCAUGUCGACAUUGCGGAGCGUUCUGGAGAACGAGCUGGGAUACUCUGUGUGCAUCUUUGACAGAGACAGUCUGCCAGGAGGGACCAUCACAGAUGAGACUCUGAGUUUCGUGGCUCGUAGCCGCCGCGUCCUGGUGGUUAUUAGCCCUGGAUACGCCUCUCAGGGCUCCCAGGCUCUGCUGGAGCUGAAGGCUGGCAUUGACGGCAUGGCUCGGGGCGGGCACCUGCGGGUGAUCCUGGUCCAGUACAAGCAGGUCCAGAGGCAGGUCUGGGUCAGGGAGCUGAGGAGGGCCCGGGUGGCUCUAGCGCUGGUCCGAUGGCAGGGCGACAAAUCGAAGGAGCUGACGUCUCGUUUCUGGAAGAGGCUGAGGGUGGAGUUACCCGUGAGGAGGUUGAGCAGUGGGGAGGAGGGGGGGGGAAGUACGGAGGGGGCUCUGAUGAGGCUGAUCAGUCAGAACAGCACAAACUCACAGUCAGGACUCAUCACCGACAAGGUCAAAGAGCCUCAGAGGGUCUUCAACUCUGCAGUAUGACUGUCAUAUACGGCUCAGAGACAUGUUUACAAGUGUUAGAAGAGGAUGUUCUUCAGACUGGAGAGCACAGCUAAACAGAAGAGAAGCUUCAUCAGGUUUCCGUUCAGAGAAAUAUUCAAAGACCUGAUGAUGGCGCUGGAGGGAAUUACAGAGUCCAGUUUUUGGCAUGUAUUCUCUCAGGACUCUGAAGACUGAAACUAACUCAAAGCUAAAUCUUUUAUGGCUGAUCUUAGCCUUUUGUGAGGUUAAUGGUAUUUAUAAAUGGUGACUGACAAAUGCUUCUGAUAAAAUACAUUUUAUGAGAGAAUUUUAAAAAGCACUGAACCACUGAUGCUGAGGUCAAAUAAGCAUGUUUAGUACCUUAUCUGACGUAUCAGGAUCCUUCAGCUCCGAAAUCAAUUCAUGUUGUUUGUAAUCAUGAAGAACGAUCAAGGCCAAGUCUAGGAUUACGGAAGAGGAUUAGGGCCACUGAAAAACUUUGAACCAAUCAUGUACAGGAAUCCUGUCCUGGAAAUUUGCUGCAGUUGUAGUCCUGGAAACUUAACCUUCAUAAGGACAAGUCUGAUUUCUGACAAGUCAGUUUCUACCGUUGCUGUGAGUGUAGCAAUUACAAACAGCUGACACUAAGGGCCUCUUAAAUGCUCUGGUUGCUGAUUGCAGAAAACUUUGGAUGGCAUCAGUUUUUUAACUGAAAACAAGCACUGCCAAAACAGCUGGCUGUUGACAUGGCCCAAAAUGUUUCACAUUCUUGCAUUUAUUUUUAGUAUUAGCAUAAAUUUGAAAAAUUGACUGCUAAGGCUAAAAUUCAGUGAAAUCAGAAAGUAUUCAGACCAUAUCUAUUUUUCUUGUGUUGCAGCCUGAUGUAACAGUGGAAAAUAAAUAUUUAUUUUUCUCGUUUAUCUACACUUAGUAUCACAUAAUUACAGAGUGAAAACUGAAUUGUAGAAAUUGUUUCAAAUGUAUAAAAAAAAAAAAAAAAAAAACUGGAAAAUCCCAUUGACACAAGUAUUCAUUAGUGCGAAACACACAAAAGCCCACUUUCACAUAGUGAGUUUUGCAAACUCCAAGCGGGCUUUCAUGAGUUUUGCACUGAGCUGAGGCUCCCAUCUAGCCAGUCUGCCAAUCAGUUUAAUUGACCACAGGUGGACUCCAAUUAAGGCAGGGGUGUCAAACUCAAGGCCUGGGGGCCAAAUCCAGCCCACAAGAUGUAAAUGUACUUUAUUUAUAUAGCCCUUUACAAUACCCCACAGGUGAUCAAAGUGCUUUACAAAAAAUCAAAUAGCAUUAAAAACACAGCACAAGACAAAUCCAUAAAGAUAAAUAACAGAUGAUCUUAUAUUUCUGUUAUAACUGGCCAAUCUGUCUGAGGUCUGCAGAUUUCCUCAAGUAUAAAAAUGUGAACUUAUCCUUGAUGAUUUAAGAUAUCCUUGUUAGGUCACAAAAUCUGAUGGAGUAAAAAUGAUUAGAUAAAAAGUCAGGAAUGUGGGAAAAGAAAAUGUUUUGAUUUCAGAUUUUUAAUUUUACAUCUCACAAUUAGGACUCAAACUUAAGUUUUUUACUUUUAAUUUUGUACUUUGAGUAUUUCAACUCAUAAUUUUGACCUCUCAUAUAAUAUUUUGAGCUUUUAGGUUCAUAAUUUUGAAUUUUAAGUCAUAUUUUGACCUUUUUUUUUUUUACUUUUUCAUAUUUUGAACUCCUAACUUUUACUUCAUAAUCCCUUAGUUUGACUUUUCUCAGAUUUUGAGCUUUUAAACUUAUCUUUUUAACUUUUUUAAUGUCAGAAUCAUUUAUCAUCAGUGCUAAGAUUUUUUUUCCUAUUUUAUUUCUGGUGAAAUGAGGUUGUCAGUUUAUGGUUAAAAAGGUGACCCUGUUAGGCCCUCAGGUUAGACCUGAAUCCAGAAUCCAGCCCAUGCUGAUUGAGUUUGGCAUCCCUGAAUUAAGAUGUAGAAACAUCUCGGCAACAACCAAGAGAAAUUGGAGAAACCUGAGCUAAAUUCAAGGGUUUUUGUUGUUGUUGUUGUUUUUUUUUUAAAAGGUUUUAAAAAGUGAUUUUUUUGUAAUUUUUCAUACAUUUGCAAAAAAUUUCUAAAAUUCAGUGUAGAUUGAGAAUAGAUUUUUUUCUACUGUAUUGUCAGGCAGCACAGAACAAAACUGAUAAAGAAAAAUGAAGGGCGUCUGAUUACUUUCUCAAGAUUUUUACCAAGAAGUUUUUUUUUUUUUUAACUUGUUGAUGGCACUGGAAGCUGCACCAAA